AUGACUGUGGAAUUGCCAUCCAAAGUCUCGAGGUGCAGACCUGACCCAGAGUCAAAGAGAAACAUCGAUUCUACGCGAACAGGUGCUCUCGAGGGUGAAACUGCUGCUUUGGAGUGUUACUCUGCUGUUGGACAGCGACAUUGUGCCGUUGAGUGUUAG